CCCCUCUUCAAGUGCCUCUUCCCUCUCCGCGACCCGGCCCCGGAGCCUGCGAGGAGCCCUGGUGGGGGUGGGCGUGGGGGUCCGGGGACAGCAGGGACGCUCGGCCCGGGAGAGUGCAGCUGACAGGACUGGUCCCUAGAAGACUGAGACACCUUCCCCUCCCCCGGGAAUGGGCCGGUGCGGGGUGUCCAGGGAGUAGGGUCGGGUCGGAGUGGAUGGACCACGGGCCCCAGAGGGUCUUGAGCCGGGAGCGGAGCCUGCACCCUCCACCACCCGCCCUUCGGGAAAUAGCAGAGCUGUGUGCCAAGAGGCAGGUGCACGGGGGAAAAUGUGUCAGAGUCCUCCCGCUUGGCAGAAGAGAAACUGAGUCACCAGCCUAGGAGCUGCAGGGUCAGCGGGCCUGACGGGGGCUGGGGGGAGGCCACUGUGAGUGGAGCCGGCCCCGGGCUGGACACCGCUCUCCGCUGGGUCCGCAUCUCUUGGCUCGGUUUCCCCGCGCUCCAUGACUCCCGCAUCUCCUGGCCGCUUUUCGUGGGUGUGGAGUUGUCCCAGUGGUCGGGGCCAUCUGAGUGUGUAAGGCCUAGGCCAGGGAGGAGGGGAGGGGUGGCCCGGGUUACAGCCUGGCUGGGUGGGGGGGUGCGGUUUGGGGAGCCUCUCCUGAGCUGUUCUCGCCCAAGUCCCGGGGCCACCACCUUCCCCUAAAAGCAGGAGGGAGGAGCCAAAGGUUGUAAAUUCCACACGCAGCUGGUCGUGAGAACUUGGGAAAGCGCUUCCUUUUAGGACACUUGGACCCUGGCACUGCCCUCCCCCAUAGAGGAGUAAUAGUGGCGGGUGCGUUUCUUGUGCGCUUAUUUUGUGCCGCGCGCCAGCUUGUUCCAGUCCCUGGGAUUCCCCGACCAGUUCCAGGCGGUAGGGAUCAUCGGGUCUGUCUUCCCAGUCACGAAACCUGAGGCUCAGAGAGAGACAGAGAGGACCGUGCGUUUGCUCGAGAUCACACAGCUAAUAGGUGCCUGAGCUGGGGUUUCAGUCCAGGCCUGACUUCAGAACCUAUUAACCACCAGGCUAACCGGCCUUUAGGGCACGCUCCCCAGUGAGAAGAGGGAAGUUAAAAAAACAACAACAACAAACCCUAGGAUCUUUCCCAACACCUCUUCCCCCCUCCCUGGGACGUUUUAUUUGUGUUGUGGCCAGCAACGAUUUGCCCUGAUACAGCUUAGGCCUAGUCUCCUCUGCUUGUGCCGCCUCUGGGCCCCAGACUGGAGAGGCACGGAAGGACUGGGCCGGGGCUGGGGCGCUAGGCUUUCGAGACCGCUGCUUCCGUCCACCGGCACCCAUCCAUCCGCCUUGCCGAGCAGCCGCGCACGGGGAUGUCUGAGGCGGGCUCCGCAGUCCCAGCUCCCCUCGGGCCCCCGAGAGCCGGGGUGGUAAGGGGCCGAGGCUGCGGCUGGUCCAGCCGAUCCCUGGGGGACACGCUGUGCAGUGGGAGAAACGGUAGGCUUGGAGCUCGGAGCCUUGUCUGAGCCUCAGGUGGUAGACGCUCUCCCAAGGAAAGCUGCUGCCGCUCACCCCGUGUCUCCUGGCCGCUUCCCUCUUUGCUGCCCCUCCCCGCAGGCUCCCCCACUCUGCCUCCUGGGGGCCAUCAUGAAUGGUGCCCCUUCCCCAGAGGAUGGGGCCUCCCCGCCCCCGCUGCCGCCGCCCCCUCCCCCCAGCUGGAGGGAGUUCUGUGAGUCCCAUGCCCGGGCUGCCGCCCUGGACUUCGCCCGCCGCUUCCGCCUCUACCUGGCCUCGCACCCGCAGUACGCGGGGCCCGGGGCCGAGGCCGCCUUCUCCCGCCGAUUCGCCGAACUCUUCCUCCAGCACUUCGAAGCAGAGGUGGCCCGGGCCUCGGGCUCCCUCUCGCCGCCACCGGUGCCGGCCCCGCUGAGUCCCGGCCUGGAGAUCCCGCCCCACGACCUGCCCCUUGAGAGCUGCAGGGCGGGCGGGCCCCUGGCCGUGCUGGGCCCUUCUCGCUCAUCCGAGGACCUGGCCGGCCCCCUCCCUUCCUCAGUCUCCUCUACAACGACCUCCUCCUCGAAGCCGAAGCUCAAGAAGCGCUUCUCCCUCCGCUCAGUGGGCCGCUCGGUCCGGGGGUCGGUGCGUGGUAUCCUGCAGUGGCGGGGCACCGUGGACCCUCCCUCCUCGGCCGGGCCCCUGGAGACGGCGUCAGGCCCCCUGGUCUUGGGCGGAAACACCAACUCCAACUCCUCUGGUGGAGCCGGGACCGUUGGCCGGGGACUGGCCAGUGACGGCCCCUCCCCCGGGGAGAGGUGGACUCACCGUUUCGAGAGGCUGAGACUGAGUCGGGGAGGGGGCGGCCCGAAGGAAGGGGCAGGGACGGUGCAGAGGGAAGAGCUGCUGAGUUUCAUGGGGGCUGAAGAGGCAGCCCCCGAGCCAGCCGGAGUGGGCCGGGCCGGGGGGACAGCUGGGCUGGCGGCGGGGGCCGGGGGGCCGCCCCAGUGGCAGAAGUGUCGCUUGCUGCUCCGAAGCGAAGGAGAAGGAGGAGGAGGGAGCCGUCUGGAGUUCUUUGUGCCGCCCAAGGCGUCUCGGCCCCGACUCAGCAUUCCCUGUUCUGCCAUCACGGACGUGCGGACCACCACCGCCCUGGAGAUGCCGGAUCGGGAGAACACGUUUGUGGUUAAGGUGGAAGGCCCUGCGGAGUAUAUCCUGGAGACGGCCGACGCGCUGCACGUGAAGGCCUGGGUGUCCGACAUCCAGGAGUGCCUGAGCCCGGGUCCCUGCCCCACGACCAGCCCCCGCCCCAUGACCCUCCCUCUGGCCCCUGGGACCUCAUUCCUCACACGGGAGAACACAGACAGCCUGGAGCUGCCAUGCCUGAACCACUCGGAGAGCCUGCCCAGCCAGGACCUGCUGCUGGGAGCCAGUGAGAGCAACGACCGCCUGGCGCAGGGGGCGUACGGGGGCCUCUCAGACCGCCCCUCGGCAUCCAUCUCCCCUAGUUCCGCCUCCAUUGCUGCCUCCCAUUUUGACUCAAUGGAACUGCUACCCCCUGAGCUGCCUCCCCGCAUCCCCAUUGAGGAGGGACCCCCAGCAGGGACAGCUCAGCCCCUCUCAGCCCCCUACCCUCCCCUGGACACUCCGGAAACAGCCAAAGGGUCAUUCCUGUUCCAGGGGGAGUCAGAGGGCGCUGAAGGGGAGCAGCCCCUCUCCGGAUACCCUUGGUUCCAUGGGAUGCUCUCUCGGCUCAAGGCCGCCCAGCUAGUGCUGGAGGGAGGCACCGGCUCCCACGGUGUCUUCCUGGUGCGUCAGAGUGAGACGAGGCGGGGUGAAUACGUCCUCACUUUCAACUUCCAGGGCAAGGCCAAGCACCUGCGUUUGUCGCUGAACGAGGAGGGCCAGUGCCGGGUCCAGCACCUGUGGUUCCAGUCCAUUUUCGAUAUGCUUGAGCAUUUCCGGGUGCACCCCAUCCCCCUGGAGUCUGGCGGCUCCAGUGACGUUGUCCUUGUCAGCUAUGUGCCCUCCCAGCGACAGCAGGAACCGAACACCUCCCGUGACCCACCCCAGCCCCCUGAACCCCCUUCAUGGACAGAUCCCCUACAUCCUGGGGCAGAAGAGGCGUCGGGGGCGCCAGAAGUGGCGGCAGCAACAGCCGCAGCAGCCAAAGAGAGGCAAGAGAAAGAGAAAGCGGGCAGUGGAGGGGUCCCGGAAGAGCUGGUCCCCCUGGCUGAGCUGGUCCCCGUGGCUGAACUGGAAGAGGCCAUAGCACCAGGCGCCGAGGCCCUGGGAGGUGCUGCGGGGGUGGGCCCGACGGUACAGCUCCAGCAGUUGCCACUAGGGGGCGACGGAGAAGAAGGGGGCCAUCCCAGAGCCAUUAAUAACCAGUACUCCUUCGUGUGAGACACCCUACCCAACCUCCCUCCACGCUUCUUGCUCCCCAGCCCUCGGGUCUUGAGGCCGGGCCGGGAGGGUCCCAAGGAGAGGUUGGGGUCCCCUCCCCAUGUGCUUCCUGACCCUCGUCGGCCAAAGGCGUCUAUGUUGGUACAAGCAGAGGUUCAAGAGCCCUGUUACCUCCCUCGCGCAUACACUACAGGUGCCCCGUUACCUCCCUGAGGGGCUCUUACGGUCAGCCCCACCCCUGGGGGCCAUUUCCCCAUUAACAACCCCCCAGCCCGUGGCAGGGUGAGGGGGGGAAGGGCUGUCAGUUAUAGUAAGGUUAUUGUUGUUGUUUUAAACAAAAUGGAGAAGCAUACAUAAAUAAAAGGGUUUAUCUCA